AUUAAAAUUGAUAUUAAUUUUUAUAUUUUUUAUAUAUAUUUAAGAAAUUAAGAUAAAAAACCUAUAAUAAUAUUAUUAUGAAUUUGAGGCGGCCUCAAAAAAAAGGCCGGCCCAAAAUAGAAAACAUAAACCCUAAAACUAAUCUGAGAAACUUCCGCCGCCUCUCGCCGUCGCGAUUCCCUCACGGCCGUCUCCCUUAUCUACCUAAGUUCUCCCACCGUCGAUCCCCUCACCCAUGCUCCGCCAUAACCGAUUUCUCUCCCCUGUUUGAGUCUGAUCUCGCCGGUCGAUCUUUGUCCGCUAUUAGUUUUGCAAAAGUGAAAAUUUCUGGAGUUAUGUUGCGGUCACUCUACGGUGGCUUAUCACACCCAUUUCGACAUGCUCAUGGAGUCAGAUACCUCUCUACAAGUUCAUUUUCAGGUAAUGGGAGUAACUGGAACCAAAAUUCUAACUCAUUGGAGCCUGCCGAUGAAUUUGAGCGGCGCAUAUUUGGUGGCUCUGGCUCUGGCUCUGGCUCUGGCUCUGGGAAUGGCUCCAACGCUGAUCCCUUUUUCCGAAAACUCGAUAAGCUUGAGAGCGCUCGAGGUGGUUGGAGACCAACCAGAAGAUAUAGUUUUGGGGAUGAUUUCAGGCUUGAGAGGACUCGAGGUGGUUGGAGACCAACCAGAGUAAAUGACUAUGAGGAUGAUUUUGAGGAUGACCUAGAUGAGACUUUUAGCACAUUAUCUGAUGGAAUGGAGGAGAAGUUGAAGGAUGCAGCCACAUACUUUGAAAUGGAUGAUGAUCAAAUAGCGAAGGGGGUUGGAGAUGAAGAUGAAUUUGAAUAUGAAGUAGAAUUACGAGAUGGGGAGGAAUUUUCGUUUCAUCCUCAAGAUCCUUAUGAAGAGCUGGAAGAUCAACCUGACGAAUAUGACAUUAAGGAUCUUGAUGUAAGAAGGCCUUUUAUAGAAAAACCUAGGAGACGGAGGGAGGAGUUUAAAGUCAGUACAGAGGAAGCUCUGAGAAGAGCAGAUUUCAGGAAUGUACGAUUCCUGGCAAACUUCAUAACAGAGGCUGGAAUUCUUAAAAAGCGAAGCCAGACCGGCAUUAGUGCCAAGGCUCAGAGGAAGAUCGCCAGGGAGAUCAAAACAGCCAGAGCUUUUGGUUUGAUGCCUUUCACCACCAUGGGGACGAAGUCUUUUAUUUUUGGGAGAAGCAUGGAAAACUCUGGUGAGGAUUAUGAAUAUCGGAAUAAAGGUCCACCUAUGGUUUACACUCUGGAUGUUUCAUACGAGAAGGACCCUCUUGAAGGCUAAAAGCUUGUUUGCCGGGAUCUCAAGGUUAGACAAAGCAGACACGAGUAAUAAUACUAUUCUCACUUUUGAAUUUCAUAUAACUUUCUUAAGCUUCUCAAUUGAUCCAUGCAUUAUGUUACAUAAAGAUUCUUUUGAUGC